GAACGUGCUUGCAGAAUGCAGAUACACGUAAAAACCGGUUUAAAACCAACAAACCUCGACACUCAACCGUAGAAAGCAGUGGAGACUAUAAAGAGAAAUGGCGAAAGCACGGAUUCACGCAAGCCUUCUUUGUACUGUCCUGGUUCUUUCCAUACUUCAUCUCCCUGGACCCGCAACAGCAAGAUGCGAGUCUGGCGACGAAGAUGAGCAGGGUUUCCCCGUUUCUCCAUUCCCCAUUACCAGGACGAUACAGUUCCAAACGCCGUUCGUCGCGAAGCCUUCCAUCGUGUACGGAAUCACGAUGCUGGAUAUCAACUACGCGGAGAACAACAGAGCUAAGAUACAACUCCUGGGGGUGGAGAAGAGCAACUUCACGGUGUGGAUGGGGACCAUGUAUGACACGAAGAUGUACGGUCUGGGCAUUAGAUGGAUGGCCUGUGAUUAGAGUCGAACAUGCGACCUUCAUUGUUCCAAUAUGGCCAGAUUUCAUUGUGGUCUCCGAGAGAUUUUAAGACAUAAAAAUUUUGUGUACACACACUAUGUGCAUUGCAAAGAAUAUUUUUUUCUUUUUUCAAAGAAUUUACUCUCUUUUUUUUUUACGAUAAACGCUUAAUUCAG